CCCAGGUAACCCCGGGCCCCGCGGAGGAGCCGGGACAGUCGCCCAGACCCGGGGGAUGGAGGAGGUGCGGGACGCACACGCGCUCGGGGGCGGGAUGGAGGCCGAGGAGCCCGCGAGCCCCCAGGAGCCCCCGUCGCCGCCCCCACCGCCGUCGCCGCCGUCGCCCGCGGCCCCCGGGCUUCCCCCGGCCGAGCCGCCGACCGAGGCGUUCGCCCGGCAGCUGCUGCUGCAGGAGUGGGGGUCGCUGGGCGGGAGACUGGAGCUGCCCCCGCGCCUCACCUGGAAGCUGCUCUUCCUGCGGCGGCCGCUCUACCGCAACCUGCUGCGCUCGCCCAACCCCGAAGGCAUCAACAUUUAUGAACCAGCACCCUCUACUGGUCCCACCCAGCAGCCCCUGGAGACUCUGGGCAACUUCCGCGGGUGGUCCAUCAGGACUGAGCGGCUCCAGCAGAACCUUAGCUGGACGGUGAAGCAGCAGUGUGUGGAUCUCCUGGCCCAGGGCCUGUGGGAGGAGCUGCUUGAUGACGAGCAGCCAGACAUCACCGUCAUGGACUGGUACGAGGACAGCCGGCUGGACGUGUGUGUCUAUGAGCUGCACGUCUGGCUGCUGGCAGCUGACCGCCGCACGGUCAUCGCGCAGCACCACGUGGCCCCCCGGACCUCUGGGAGGGGCCCCCCUGGCCGCUGGGUCCAGGUGUCCCACGUAUUCCGCCAGUACGGCCCCGGCGUGCGCUUCGUCCACUUCUUGCACAAGACCAAGAACCGGAUGGAGCCUGGCGGGCUGCGGCGGACCAGGGUGACCGACUCCUCUGUGUCUGUGCAGCUCAAGGAGUGACUGGCUGACGCC